UAAUAAUAACUCUCAAAAUGCCACAUGGUAAAAACCAUAUAAACUCGGGGUGUCAUGAUCUCGAUUGUAAAUCAAAUAUCAAUCGAAACACUGUUACAAUCUCGACCUUCGAAAACAAAGGUGGAAUCGCCGAUUAAGACACAUCCACCAAACUCGAGUCUCCUCCCACUUCUCUGAAAUCACCGGUGUGGAAAUAUUUUGCUUUCUCCGUGAGUUUUGUCAAAAACCACGGUGUGUACGCUACGUGAUGUGUGGGUAGCAAACCACCGGACAUCCCCGCAGGAAUCGUAAGGACGUAGACGUGACUACGAAAACAACUCUGUUAACACAGGCAACUGUUGUGACAACUGUCCAACUCAUUUAGAGCAAAACAUCCUCAAAAUUCAACUAGUGCUUGCGCUAUAGGUGUUUGUAGCAUCAGACAUGCGACCUUAUCCUGGAUUUAAGCAACUAGCGUACUGAAACCAUGCUGUGAAAUUCCAAGCUCAUCUUACCACAAAGGUAUUGCCUUUCAUGUAUGAUAAUGUCAAGGAAAAGUCAUUAGAGGUCUGAGAGGUUUAGGGGCCUUAACAACAGACUGAUGGACCUUCAGAGCAACACAGAGCUACAUGACCCUCUAUGGCUUCUGUUCUUUUUACUGUUAGUUUUCAAUUGACUGGUUAUUGUUACAUUCAUAUUAGUGCAGUACAUUGAAAACAAAUGAUGGACAUUAUAUCACUCUUAACACCAUGUAGAGAAUCGAAAUGGGAAUUAAAAACUUGACUCUAGAAACAAACUAGACAAGUCUAAAAAUGGCAGAUCCAUCUGUGCUUAAAAUAAAAAAUCACCGUUCUGGAUGUACUGGAGACUGGAGUUUCUGCCAGGAAUCACGACAAGGAGCACAUUAGCACAUUACCAGUCCAGCCUGGACGAAACAAAAGUGUGGACCAGCCUCAGCCUUGGGUAGGGAAAAAGUUUGGUGCAAUUUGGACUCCCAAGUUAGUGAUAGAGGGGGUUGAUAUAACCAGAAAGUGAGAUGCCAGUUAUUAGUUUUGAGGCCAGUUAGUUUGGCCUCAGUUUUGUUGCUGUUAAACUGGAGAAAUGAUGAACUCACCCACACCCUUAUGUCCUCCAGACAGGCUGUGAGGGCUGGUCGUGUAGCUACAAAGGAGUAUCGUCAGCAUAGCAGUGGAAGGAAAUUCCAUGCUUGCUGACGAUGUGGUCCAGGGAGAGCAUGUAAGAUGGUAAACAAGGACCCAAGGACCGACCCCCGAGGGACCACACAGGUGACAAAGCGGGGCCUUGAUGUAGCCUCUCCCAGGGUCACGUACUCAGCUCUUCUUGUCAGGUAGAAGUGGAACCAUCUAAGUUCCAGAGUCCAGUGUAAAGCUGUAGACAGCAACGACAACAAAUGAAAAUGAAAUGGAAGAACAACGAGAGGAAAAACAGAUAAUAAUGAAUACAGUAAACAAUAUUUAUCGAAUAAGGCUAAAAAAAAAAGGUGAAACGACACUAUUAGCAAAUUACUAAUUAAAGCUGCAUUUGAAGAAUUAAAAGGCCAGUUGUUUUAAAUGUCGUACAUGAAUGCUAGAAACAAUUCAUAUCUUAAGUUUUCAAUAUUUUGAUGGAAUCUCAAGGGGGUAUUGUAAAAUCUAAAAUACAGUAACUGUAUUGCACUGAAGCUAACUUAAUCCACUCACACUGAGCCAGGCUAUGACUGAUGCUGAUGUCACAUGUUUAUGUGUCAUGUUAGAUCCGGUAUUCAUUUGAGCAAACUUUAAUUGAAGUUUGCUCAAUACAUUAUAUACUACAAUAAUUGGAAUGUUCAGAACACAAAACGGUCCACAUUGAUUAGUUUGUGGAAUCAAAUCAGUCAGUGACCCGUUCACACCUUGUGUCCGCAUGUGUCCCUAAUGUGACUCCUAUCAACAGUUGUGAUCUUCAACAUCCUUUGUACAAUAUAAUCACUAUCCCUCCUCUGCACAUGACCAAACUGUCAGCGUCGCAUAAAUCUGAGUUCAUAAGUUACAUCAUAAUUUAGAUAAGUUAAUAGAAAAAUAAUUCAUUUAAUGUAAAUAAAAUGUAAUUAGUUAAUUGGGAAUGCUGUUUAUUUCAUGCCCAGAACACUGUCAUUUGAGGGACUGUAUACAAUGCAUGGUGUGCAUGGGUCAAGGGGCGCACUUUAUUCAUUCAUUCAUUCAGUCUGAAGAUAAAGGAUUUUAACAGACUUGAAACCUCUUUUCACAGCAAGUGGCCAAUGAGGUAUUUGACGAACUUUAAAUGUCUUUUUUUUAUGUCGGUGCUGCGCGUCCUCGUUGUGUGUGUUAUGUGCCGCUAAUGGGUCCUUGUAAUAUGUUCAUAUAAAACAGUUCUCACGGUGUGAACAAGACGGGGAGGAGAAGCAAUAAGUUACACAAACCAUCUUAACCUCUUUACUUUCCAAACCAUUCAAACUGAGCUGUCCCUCACAUAUACUCAUUUCUAAUACUAUGCAAUGCAUGGUUUAUGAUGGCUUAUGGCUUAUGGUGGCUUAUGCUCUGCCACCUCCAGCUCCACCUGCUGGUUUUUUGUAGAAAGUACUCUUAGCCUAUAACUCUAGGCAAUCAUUGAAUAAGAUUUUACACUUCAGUGUUGACCAUUUUUAAUGCAGCAGGACAGUAUUAUAUAGGUUAUAGUUAAAAAAAAAACAGUUUUCUUCUAUACUGUCGAUUUCAAAAUCCUUGUUUCAUUGUACUCACUAUUCAAACAUAUGUACAUACUCCCCUAAAAUAAAGCAACAUUUCAGAUGGUAACUCAAUGUUCUCAGUUGCAUUAUUGCAGUAAAUACAGCAGUGAAUUUAGAGUAUGACUGACUCCAGUGUCAGUGCCACUGAGAUAGACUGAGGAACACAGAGAGCACAGGGAGGGAUUUAUGCGGAAAUAGAAACUCAACAUGUUACAUGAAAAACAUACUUCCCAACCCCCACACAUUAUGCUCUGCUCCUGCCCAUCACAGUCUGUAUAUGUUGUGUGCUCUGAAGCAAAAACAACUUGUUUAAGACAUUUAACUGUGGGUGAUAUCAGUCUAUGGAGGAACAAUGCAGCACAGGAUCUUCGUUCUCCUGAAUUUACACUUUGUGGCUGGCAUUUCGCUCUCACCUCCUUCCAAUGUCGCCAUCUCUUCCUUCAACAUGGAACACACAGUCAAGUUCCUGCCAGGACCUGGGACCCCAACAGAAACCCACUUCACAGUCCAAAUCAUCAACUACAGGAAAAACUCGUGGAGACUAGUGUCGGGUUGUUCCGAGCUGACAGCGGAACAGAUGUGCAACGUAACCAGAGCUUUUAAGGACCAAUACAAUCAAUACAAAGCCCGCGUCCAGGCCUUCACAGCCACCGAGACGUCCAACUGGACAGUGUCACGCUGGUUCCAGCCUCUGUCGGACACUGUGUUGGGGCCACCUGAUGUGUCUGUGUCUGGCUGUGGAAACUGUCUUAUCCUACACCUCAAAGUUCCUGCAACACGGGGACUCCGACAUCAUCUGCAGCUGAAGAGUCUCUACAGAGGAGUCGCCAUGCAGGUGCAAAGGACAAGAGAUGGAGCACAGUUCAGCCUGAAUGUGCCUUAUAAUGAGAAGAAUGUGAUCAUGUACCUGCAGCCAGGUGUGGAGUACUGUGUGAUUGUCACUGUGACCACGCUUUUAAACCCCAACAGUGUCUCCAGUCAACCUUACUGUGCCUUCACCAGCCGUCCUUCACCCACCAGUUCCUUGCAUGUGGUCUUUAGCCUGCUCACUGUUUCCUGUAUGACGGCCUUCCUCAUCAUUGGAUUGGUUCUUUACGGCGGUCAGCUGAGCUUGAAGUUUAGAAAUCUGAAAUCUGAACAUGUCAGCCAGUGAAGAGGAGGAGAAGAGGAUACUUGGAGCCCAGAGGAGCUUGUUAAACAGACUGACUGGUUCUGAGAGCUGAAGGACAUGAGCUGUGUCCCAAUUGUCAAGACUUGCAAGUGUGCAACUGUACACCGAGAGAUUAAAUGCUGCCCUCCACAGGAUAAAGUUGUGAAUCACAGUUUCUCCUGCCCCUUGAAGCCUGAUUAUUUGUUUUACUCUUAAUCAGCCACAACAUCCUAAAAAUCUGAUGUUUUUUUAAAAGAUCUAUAUACACAUAUAUAUUAAUAUUUUAUGUUUAUGUUAUGUUUACAUUAUUUUUAAUGCAUACAGAUUUAUGAUUUGUACAGCAUUUGUACAAAAAUAAAACCCAAUUUCUACGACAGUAGUUUAACAAUAAAAUGAUAUAGGUACUAUUCAAACAAUGCAGCCUAAUAAUUAUUAAUUAUUCACAGCAGACCAUUUUGGACAUGAAGUAGUAAAACAAACACCUGUUGCAAAGAGCAGGUUUAGUGAAAACUCUGAGUUAGUUACCCCGGCAACAUACUAUGUGAACCUAACCUGCUCGCUGGCAGGUUUUCUUCAACUAACCCUGAGUUUCUCCUGCUUGAAGCCUGCAGACUGAAGGCAGUGGCAGACGUCGAGACGUUGAUGUCGAGGCGCAGAUACUCCACAGAAAUCUCCGUCGGGAGAGGAUUAUUAGACCCCGAUUGCAUGUUUUAUUAUUCCCUGAUGAGUACCGUUUGCGUUUCUCUGUUGGCUACAAUGGAGGUCAAAUUUAAACAUAUCCAAAAAACACACAUUUGGAAACUUGUAUGUAUAAAAGACAUUUAGGUGUUGCUUUCAUAUAGACAAUAUUAAAUACUGGCAGUGUUGGGAUUUUUCUUUGUUUAGCAGAUUUCCCUAAUUGCUUAAAUAUAUCUAUCACAUGUUGAAUGUAAACAACAUCACUAUUGCUUGUACUUCAAUUAUACCUUACCUGUUUGAACUACAUUUUUAUAUUUCAUCUUUGCUGCCAAGUUUGUUUGGUGCCUGUUGGGUUGCACUUGUGCGCACAAACACACAAUAUAAUUGUUGAAUAAGUGGAACAUUCAAGACAAAACAUUUAUUUUUUUCUUCAAUUAAUACUCACGCAUUGACUCGGUCAGC